AGCAAGCCCUUCUAUGCAGCGCAGCCAUGCAUGCAUUUUUACGCUUACUAGUCUGCCGCAGGAACACGUCUUUGUAUCCUGAAGUCAGCGUGUAAUUUGGCCUUAUGCAACCGCUGAUCCUGGGAGGUCAUAAAUUUCGCCAUCAGCGAUACAUCUUCCAUCUUCCACCUCCCCAUGCCGAACGGACGACCGCAACCUUCCCCAGGGAUCAGCCCCGCACAUAAAUUUUUCUAUCUAACGUAUUCACCUUCUGGUUCCCGCAUUGUUGGCGGAAAUGUGGAGGGAGAACUUUACGUCUGGGAUGCACCUUCUGGUAAUCUUGUUCUGGGUCCCCUUAAAGGUCACUCAGAGGAGAGUACGCUAUCCCACAUCUGCUUCUUCUCUGAGGAAAUAUUUCUCACUGCCUCCACCGACACUACCGUUCGUCAAUGGAAUUCAAGGACGGGGGAGCUCAUCGGAAAGGCUUUCACUGGCCAUGACGAAGCAGUUUGCGAGACAGCUUGCCUUGUAGACAAGAAGAUCGUCGGCAGCGUAGCGCGGUAUGGUCAGCUAUUGACCUGGCACAUGGACACAUUGGAGAUCUUUAGGGAGAUGCGCGUUAUAGUAGCCUCUAACCAAACAGUCGCCUUUUCCCGGGACGGAACCAGGUUGGUUGCAGCUCACUGUGACGCGAUGCGCAUCUAUGACGUGGAGAAUUGCCAGCAACUUGUUGAAGUCAACUUAGAAUCACGAAUGAUACCCUUGUUGUUAACGGUUGCAUUCGCUCCAGACUCAAGGUCGAUCUACUUCUCCAGUGGUGGGGCGAUGGUGAUCUGGAAUGUCGAGAAGGAGGAUUUCGAGGAUGAAGUCUUUGUAGGUUCUGAUGGAAUAGCUAUGAUCAGCCGGUGCUCUCCAGACGGCAAGUUGGUCGCCACCUCCUACGAUGAUGGCAAGACGUAUGUCUGGUCAACUGCUUCUCGGGAAGUCAUCAAAAUAUUUGACGACAACGGCCCGUUCGCAUUUUCUUCUGACGGUUGUUAUUUUACACACCUGUUACGCGGCACAAAACUCGCUAUAAAUGAUGUGAGGAAGUACCUGCCCUUAGACCCCUCGUCAUGGCUGGAUGUAAGUAUUGGGUUCAGUUUUCUAUCUUUCGCGUUUAAAGCGCCUAUUCUACAGCACCCAGCGACGAACCGGGUGGCGGAGGCAGAGAAGGAGCGACUAGACGCCGUUUUACAGAAUGAUUUUUUCCAUACGGAAAGGGAGGAGCCAGACUUCAUGCCGGAACCUCCAGUUCGGAGGCUCGAAGAGAACCCUUCGUUGCCAAGCUCGGACCUCAAGACUCGGGGAACAGGCCUGAUGUCCAAACUCUUCCGGCGACACAAACGCUCACCAAGUGCCCAAGAAAGCGAGCAGGUUUCAUUGGAGAUCGUGUACACUGCACGUGAUAAGAGGCCUUUGAUCGUCGCAAGUCGAAGCGAUACACGGACACAAGAACGAAGCAACGUAGAUACGACACUAGAUCGGCGUGACACGACUUGGACUAUAACAUCCAGCUCUCCGUCUGUAGCUGAUGAGGGGGACGCGCAGGCUAUUGAGGGUGAACACCAUGGCUGUUGUUAUGUGUGCUGUUUCAAACUGUGUUAAACCAAUCAAAUCUACACAUGCACCCGAUGAUCAGAUAUUAUAAUCCCGUCUCGGUACGACCCCCUUCCGCGCAUAGACUACGCUAUACUUCACGCACCUACGUGACGAUUCAUGGUGCUUCAAGGUCUAUUUUCCGCUCUGCAUUUCAUUGGCUGUCGAGUGUUGCUUUCGUUACUUGCAAUCCAUGCUAUCUACAAUUUUACCCCCUGAUGUACCCAUACUAACGUUUUUGUAGAGCAAGUACGUAUCCAUGGC